CAGGAUUUGAGCUCACCUACUCCAACAAGCAGAAGUACCGAGUCCAUGGCCUGGACUUCCGACAGGGCGUGGGAGUAGCACGACUCAAGGGCUGCAAGGCUUCCUUAGCCAAUCGAGUCAGCAAGGCAGAUAUGCAGAGGUUCCUCGAUUCCAUUCCACGAGUCAAGGGGAAGUUCGAGCAUGAGCUGCAAUUCUCCUUCAUUCAGGAAAAUGUGGCCUUGGUGCCCGAAGAUGACAUUUUUGCUGGCAACAACCAGAUCUUCGCUGAGAUGCGCAGCACCUUGCGCAGGCAGAUCCAAGCCGCGGCAGAUCGCUUUGGCGUGAAGGGCUUGGAGGAUCUGAGCCCCUCCUGACGCCUUCAACUGGACAAACAGCGCACACACGCGGUUUAGCGCCUGGCGCAUGGCCAAAAGCGGCCGCGCGGUGAGAGAGCAAGUUCGGUGAGAGUGGGACCUCGCCGGUGGGGAGGAAGGUGGUGAAGGUGGUGAGGGGGAGAAGAGUCAUGAAGAGCCCUGGC